AUGGCCCUCACCAACGGAACCUCGACAGCCCAAUACAACCUUCCCUCACAUUUUAUCGGUGGUAACCACCUCGAAGCUGCAGCACCGAGCAGUGUCAAAGACUUUGUGGCCAAGCAUGGCGGUCAUUCAGUGAUUACUUCGGUUUUGAUUGCCAACAAUGGUAUCGCAGCUGUGAAAGAAAUCCGUUCGGUCCGGAAAUGGGCCUACGAAACAUUCGGCAAUGAACGUGCGAUUCAGUUUACGGUGAUGGCAACGCCAGAAGAUUUGCGGGCAAAUGCAGACUAUAUCCGUAUGGCGGACCAAUAUGUUGAGGUUCCGGGGGGCACAAAUAACAAUAACUAUGCGAACGUCGAGCUGAUCGUUGAUGUUGCCGAACGAAUGGACGUCCACGCCGUGUGGGCCGGAUGGGGUCAUGCUUCUGAAAACCCUCGCCUACCUGAGUCGCUCGCUGCUUCUCCCAAGAAGAUCCUUUUCAUUGGACCACCGUCCUCGGCCAUGCGCUCACUGGGUGACAAGAUUUCGUCCACAAUUGUCGCCCAACACGCUGGUGUUCCUUGCAUCCCGUGGUCUGGAACUGGUGUCGACGACGUGAGGGUUGACGACAAUGGCAUUGUCACUGUUGAAGAUGAUGUUUACAACCGCGGUUGCACCUUCUCUCCGGAGGAAGGUCUGCAGAAAGCCAAGGAGAUUGGUUUCCCUGUGAUGAUCAAGGCUUCCGAAGGUGGAGGAGGAAAGGGCAUUCGUAAGGUUGAAGGUGAAGAAGACUUCGUCAACUUGUAUAAUGCCGCCGCGAAUGAAAUCCCCGGAUCCCCGAUUUUCAUCAUGAAACUUGCUGGGAAUGCCCGCCACUUGGAAGUUCAGCUGCUGGCUGAUCAGUAUGGCAACAAUAUCUCCUUGUUUGGCAGAGAUUGUUCGGUCCAACGGCGACACCAGAAGAUCAUUGAAGAGGCCCCCGUAACAAUCGCCAAGCCUGCAACAUUCCAAGCUAUGGAGCGUGCGGCUGUCAGCCUGGGAAAGCUGGUUGGUUAUGUGUCGGCUGGUACCGUGGAAUAUCUGUACUCGCAUGCAGAUGACAAGUUCUACUUCUUGGAACUGAACCCCCGUCUCCAGGUCGAGCACCCUACAACUGAAAUGGUCUCAGGUGUCAACCUGCCAGCUGCUCAACUCCAGAUUGCUAUGGGUAUUCCCCUGCAUCGGAUCCGCGAUAUUCGCUUGCUCUAUGGUGUGGACCCAAACACAUCUUCCGAGAUUGACUUCGAUUUCUCCAACGAAGAAAGCUACAAGACGCAGCGUCGCCCGCAACCCAAGGGACAUACCACUGCUUGCCGUAUCACCUCCGAGGAUCCAGGCGAGGGCUUCAAGCCUUCCAGUGGUACCAUGCACGAACUGAACUUCCGCAGUUCGUCCAAUGUUUGGGGUUACUUCUCUGUCGGUACAGCCGGAGGCAUUCACAGUUUCUCAGACAGUCAGUUCGGUCACAUCUUCGCCUAUGGUGAGAAUCGUUCCGCUUCACGGAAACACAUGGUGAUCGCCUUGAAGGAAUUGAGCAUCCGUGGUGAUUUCCGGACGACCGUCGAGUACUUGAUUAAGCUACUCGAAACCCCUGCAUUCGAGGACAACACAAUCACAACCGGAUGGCUGGAUCAGCUGAUCACCAACAAACUCACUGCUGAACGCCCUGAUCCCAUUGUUGCUGUGUUGUGUGGUGCGGUUACUAAGGCACACCAGGCCAGCGAAGCCGGUGUAGAGGAGUACCGGAAGGGUCUCGAGAAGGGUCAAGUGCCCUCGAAGGACGUCUUGAAGACCGUUUUCCCUGUUGAUUUCAUUUACGAAGGUCUGCGCUACAAGUUCACCGCCACUAGAGCAAGCUUGGACAGCUACCACCUGUUCAUCAACGGAUCUAAGUGCUCCGUCGGCGUCCGUGCGCUGGCCGAUGGUGGCUUGCUAGUCCUCCUCAAUGGUCGCAGCCACAACGUCUACUGGAAGGAGGAAGCGGCCGCAACACGCCUCAGUGUCGACGGCAAGACCUGCCUACUUGAGCAAGAGAACGACCCGACACAGCUCCGCACGCCCUCCCCCGGCAAGCUCGUCAAGUUCACUGUUGAGAAUGGUGAACACGUCCGGGCUGGCCAGGCCUUCGCUGAAGUUGAGGUGAUGAAGAUGUACAUGCCUUUGAUCGCUCAAGAAGACGGAAUUGUCCAGUUGAUCAAGCAGCCUGGUGCUACUCUGGAGGCCGGUGAUAUCCUCGGUAUCCUCGCCUUGGAUGAUCCUUCCCGCGUCAAGCAUGCCCAACCUUUCACCGGGCAGUUGCCGGAUCUUGGUCCCCCCCAGGUUGUAGGUAACAAGCCUCCCCAGAGGUUCUUCCUGCUCCAUAGCAUCCUGGAAAACAUUCUGCGAGGAUUUGAUAACCAAGUAAUCAUGGGUACCACGCUCAAGGAGCUUGUGGAAGUUCUUCGGGACCCUGAGCUCCCCUAUGGAGAGUGGAAUGCUCAGUCUUCCGCUCUGCACUCUCGUAUGCCUCAGAGACUAGACACUCAGCUUCAAAAUAUUGUCGAUCGUGCACGUGCCCGGAAGACAGAAUUCCCGGCGAAGCAGCUCCAAAAGACCAUUGCUCGAUUUAUCGAAGAAAACCUCAAUCCCGCGGACGCUGAAAUCUUGAGAACAACUCUCUUGCCUCUGGAGCAAGUCAUCAACAAGUAUAUCGAUGGACUAAAGACCAACGAAUUCAAUGUCUUCAUUGGGCUCUUGGAGCAAUACUACGAAGUGGAGAAGUUAUUCUCUGGUCGCAACACUCGUGACGAAGAUGCUAUCCUGAAACUCAGAGACGAGCAUAAGGAUGAUAUUCUCAGCGUUGUCCAGACUGUGCUCUCUCAUAGUCGCAUUGGCGCCAAGAAUAACCUGAUUCUUGCCAUUCUGGCAAUGUACCGUCCCAACCAACCUGGCGUCGGCAACGUCAGCAAGCACUUCAAGCCGAUUCUCCAGAAACUCACAGAACUUGAAUCCCGAUCUGCUGCUAAGGUCACUCUGAAGGCACGUGAAGUUCUUAUCCAGUGCGCUCUUCCCUCGUUGGAGGAACGCCUCUCGCAAAUGGAGCUAAUUUUACGUUCCUCGGUUGUUGAGUCGCGCUACGGUGAGACCGGUUGGGACCAUCGCGAACCCGAUUUCGGCGUGCUGAAGGAGGUGGUCGAUUCGAAGUACACUGUUUUCGAUGUGCUGCCUCGCUUCUUCGUGCAUCAAGAUGCCUGGGUUACGCUGGCUGCUCUCGAGGUUUAUGUUCGCCGUGCCUACCGUGCUUACACCUUAAAAGGCAUUCAGUACCACUCUUCCGGCGAGCCGCCACUGCUUUCGUGGGACUUCACGCUUGAUAAGCUCGGACAACCUGAGUUUGGCGGUGUCACGUCGACACACCCGUCGACCCCAAGCACCCCAACAGCGGAGAACAAUCCCUUCCGCAGGCUGAACUCCAUCAGUGACAUGUCCUACCUGGUCAAUGAUGGAAGCAACGAGCCUGCCAGAAAGGGUGUCCUUCUCCCAGUCCAGUACUUGGAGGAUGCUGAGGAAUACCUGCCUAGAGCCUUGGAGGUCUUCCCUCGGGCUGGCUCAAAGGCAAAGAAGCCUUCUGAUAAUGGCCUUCUUGCCACGCUGGAGGGCAAGCGUCGACCGGCUCCUCGAAUUGAAAGCGACAGCGAGUUGACUGGUGUUUGCAAUAUCGCUGUGCGCGAUGUUGAAGACCUUGACGACACACAGAUUGUCUCUCAGAUCAAUGAAAUUCUGGCUGAUGUCAAGGAUGAGUUGCUUGCUCGUCGCAUCCGCCGUGUUACUUUUAUCUGUGGCAAGAAUGGCAUCUACCCAGGCUACUAUACCUUCCGAGGACCUACUUACGAGGAGGAUGAGAGCAUCCGUCAUAGUGAGCCUGCUCUGGCAUUCCAGCUGGAACUCGGCCGGUUGUCCAAGUUCAAGAUCAAGCCAGUCUUCACGGAAAACCGGAACAUUCACGUCUAUGAGGCGAUUGGUAAGGGCCCGGAGAGUGACAAGGCGUUGGACAAGCGCUACUUUGUGCGUGCGGUGGUGCGUCCGGGCCGCCUUCGUGACGAUAUCCCUACGGCAGAGUAUCUGAUCUCCGAGGCUGACCGGUUGAUGAACGAUAUCUUGGACGCUCUUGAGAUUAUUGGCAACAACAACUCUGAUCUGAACCACAUCUUCAUCAACUUCUCUCCCGUGUUCAACCUGCAGCCGAAGGACGUCGAGGAGGCCUUGGCUGGCUUCUUGGAUCGUUUCGGCCGUCGCCUCUGGCGACUUCGCGUUACUGGCGCUGAGAUCCGUAUCCUGUGUACUGACCCCGCCACUGGAGCCCCAUACCCUCUGCGUGUGAUCAUUACCAACACCUAUGGUUUCAUUAUCCAGGUGGAACUCUACAUUGAGAAGAAGUCCGAAAAGGGCGAAUGGGUCUUCCACAGCAUUGGUGGUACCAACAAGCUCGGAUCCAUGCAUUUGCGCCCUGUCUCCACGCCAUACCCCACCAAGGAGUGGCUCCAGCCUAAGCGGUACAAGGCUCAUCUGAUGGGCACCCAAUAUGUGUACGAUUUCCCAGAGCUCUUCAGGCAAGCCUUCCAGAAUAGCUGGACCAAAGCCAUCGCUAAGGUGCCAUCAUUGGCGGAGCAGCGCCCUCCCGUUGGUGAAUGCAUCGACUACACCGAGCUUGUGCUGGAUGACACUGACAAUCUGGUGGAAAUUUCGAGAGGCCCUGGUACGAACACGCACGGUAUGGUGGGUUGGCUCGUGACUGCCCGCACCCCUGAAUAUCCUCGUGGACGGCGCUUUAUCAUCGUUGCCAAUGAUAUCACAUUCCAAAUUGGAUCGUUUGGUCCACAAGAGGACAAGUUCUUCCACAAGUGUACCGAGUUGGCAAGAAAGCUUGGCAUUCCUCGUAUCUACCUUUCUGCCAACUCGGGUGCUCGUAUCGGAAUGGCUGAUGAGUUGAUCCCGUACUUCUCGGUCGCUUGGAAUGAUCCUGAGAGACCUGAGGCUGGGUUCAAGUACCUCUACCUUACUCCCGAGGUUAAGAAGAAGUUCGACGCGAGCCAGAAGAAGGAAGUUAUCACUGAGUUGAUCAACGAUGAAGGUGAAGAGCGGCACAAGAUCACCACUAUCAUCGGUGCCAAGGACGGUCUAGGUGUUGAAUGUCUUAAGGGCUCUGGCCUAAUUGCAGGUGCCACCUCCAAGGCUUAUGAGGACAUCUUCACGAUUACUCUGGUCACUUGCCGUUCGGUCGGUAUCGGUGCCUAUCUCGUCCGUCUCGGACAAAGAGCUAUCCAGGUUGAGGGCCAGCCAAUUAUUCUCACGGGUGCUCCGGCCAUUAACAAGCUGUUGGGCAGAGAGGUCUACACAUCUAACCUCCAACUUGGUGGAACGCAGAUUAUGUACAGGAACGGAGUUUCGCACAUGACUGCUAAUGACGACUUCGAAGGUGUGCAGAAGAUCGUUGAAUGGAUGUCCUUCGUUCCUGACAGGAAGGGGUCACCCAAUCCGAUCCGCCCUUGGUCUGACAACUGGGAUCGUGACAUCGAGUACCAUCCUCCUUCCAAGCAGGCCUAUGACCCUCGCUGGCUCAUUGCCGGUAAAGAGGAUGAGGAGGGCUUCCUUCCUGGCUUGUUUGACGCGGGAUCUUUCGAAGAAGCUCUUGGCGGUUGGGCUCGUACUGUUGUUGUUGGUCGAGCGCGACUGGGUGGUAUCCCUAUGGGUGUCAUCGCUGUUGAGACUCGCUCGGUGGAGAACGUUACUCCAGCCGACCCGGCCAACCCAGACUCGAUGGAGAUGAUCAGCACCGAAGCCGGUGGAGUGUGGUACCCUAACUCUGCCUUCAAGACAGCCCAAGCCCUUCGUGACUUCAACAACGGUGAACAACUGCCUGUGAUGAUCCUGGCCAACUGGAGAGGUUUCUCGGGUGGACAGCGCGACAUGUACAAUGAGGUUCUGAAGUAUGGUUCGUACAUCGUUGAUGCUUUGGUCAAGUAUGAGCAGCCCAUCUUCGUCUACAUCCCGCCCUUCGGUGAACUUCGUGGCGGUUCUUGGGUCGUCAUUGACCCUACAAUUAAUCCAGACCAGAUGGAGAUGUACGCUGAUGAGGAAGCUCGCGGUGGUGUCCUUGAGCCUGAGGGUAUUGUUAACAUUAAAUACCGCCGUGACAAACAAUUGGAUACCAUGGCUCGCCUGGAUGCUACUUAUGGUGAGCUCCGACGCUCUCUUGAGGACCCGUCGCUCAGUAAGGAGCAGUUGUCGGAGAUCAAGACCAAGAUGGCUGCCCGCGAGGAGCAACUCCUGCCCGUCUAUUUGCAGAUUGCUCUGCAGUUUGCUGAUCUUCAUGACCGUGCUGGCCGCAUGGAGGCCAAGAACACUAUUCGCCGGUCGCUCACUUGGAAGAACGCACGUCGAUUCUUCUACUGGCGUGUGCGUCGUCGUCUCAGCGAGGAACUUAUCCUUAAGCGCAUGGUUGCUGCGGCACCAUCUCCCGCACCCCGCGACGCCAGCAGUGGUGCCAUCCCGGCCGUACCCGCCGGAAACGUCUCUUCUACUGAAUCCGCUCGCUCGAUUCACCUUAACACCCUGCGCACCUGGACUGGAAUUCUUGAUGACGAAUUGGAGCAUGAUGACCAACGCGUGGCCUUGUGGUAUGAGGAAAACAAGAAGCUCAUUCAGACAAAGAUUGAAUCCCUCAAGACCGAAUCCGUUGCUGCAGAUGUUGCGCAAUUGCUUAUCGGCAACAAGGACGGUGGAUUGAAGGGUGUACAGCAGGUUCUGAGCAUGCUUCCUGUUGAAGAGAAGGAGGCUGUUCUCAAGUACCUUUCGUCAUAA